AUGAUUGGAGGUAAGACUGGCCACAAAGGCUUCCAAGCACGCGAAAUUUCGGCUGAUGUUUUUGUUAAUGCACUUGCUAAGCACUUCCAAGAGAACCGCAUUGUUAAACCACCCGAGUGGGCCGAUCUUGUCAAGACCGCUGCUCUUAAGCAGAUGGCACCAUCAAACCAGAACUGGUUCUACACACGUGCUGCAGCCGUUAUCCGCCAGAUCUACAUGCAUCAUGAUGCCUCACUUUCCGGUCUUUCAUUCCAUUACGGUGCUAACCUUAAAGCAGUUACAAUGCCAAAGCACCAUCACAACGCAUCACGCAAAGUCAUCCGCAGCAUUCUUCAACAAUUAGAGAAGUCCGACCUUGUUAAAGUUGGCGAAAAAGGUCGCCAACUUACACCAAAGGGCCAACGCCUUCUUGACCAAGUUGCUACAAGUUGUGGCAAGAAGCAAUAA